CCCAGGGCCAGAAGCAUACUUGAUGUUCGAUGGUCCAAAUUUUUACGCCACCUUUGUGAGCAGCCCCCAAAGAGUAGGGGGAGAGUAGGACUAGUUCAGAUUGAUCUACGAGUCCAGGAGUUGAUGUGUGGAUGCUGCACUGGUCACUCAACCGCUCCCGUUGCUGCAGCCAAUAGAAUUCAAGGCCAGACAGUGGCGCUUGCCGUACCCAGCGUUUGACAAGCCAGGCGCAACUGGAAAGCCUCAAGAGAGUCCGAGCUCCAAGCAAGCGGCAUCAGAAGGAGUUGCCGCAAUGCACCUUCCUGUCUCUUACCCCCGCAGUCUGCUUCCUGAUCUGGGCCCUGACCUUUGGGAGCUGGUCUUCUCAAAGCUGGGGCGACAUCCAAAGGACAUAGUGCCCUUGGGAGCUGUCUGCAAGGGUUGGCAGUCCAUCCUGAACAACGUCACCUGGAAGGUGUUGUGCCUGCAACAUGCACCGGGGUUGGUCGAGGAACUUGGAUACAAUGUGGGGACAGAGGUGCCCCCGGGAGGGUGGAGGGGACUGUACAAGUUCAUGGUGUACUGUCCUGGUCUGAACUACCCCACAUUCCGCCCGGUGUGUCAGGGUGACACUUUGCGUGACCUGUACUCUUGGGAGGAUGGCUGUGGGCACGUGGAAACUCGCUCACGUGGAUUCUGUACUGGGUAUGGGGCGUCGGGCAAGCUCUCUCUGGCAGCCUCUGUCGCCCAAGACAACAUCUUCUUCUCAGCGCUUUGCCCUCACCGCCAAGCCAUCAAUCUUCCCGUCUUCCAAAAUUGCCAUCCAGCCCUGUCUGCCUGCCGGGGCAUCGUGAAAAACUUCAAGACCUCUGAGCUGGCUAAAUCUAGCGGAGCUGCCGCUCAUCUCAGUAAAGUGGGGGCCAUUGGCGCAGGCACUGCCAGGGAGACAAAUGAUAUCCAGGGGGACGAGGCAGGCCCUGACGGAGGGGCGAGUUCUCUGAGGUGUCCAUACUGCACCGAAUCAACCUUUGCCCUAGGCAAGGACUGCCUUCGGAACAGACACUCCGACUAUGAUGAGUUCUUUGAUAGAAGCCCCGAGUUCAGAGACCGAGAAGACAAUGUUGACUCUGCGUCCGACUCGGACGAUGGUCUGGUGAGAAGCGCGCUGAUGACAGGAUUUGUGUGCCUAAACGGGCACAUCAUGUUGGGUGCCGGGGGCCGUGUACAGGGAGGCGGCAAGCUAGUCCUCGGGUCGGGGAAGGGCUUGGAACUUGAGCCCUCUAAUGCGGUCAGGUUUCUGUCGGAGUAUACACCAGGAAAGGAAGGCAUCAAUGUGAAGGAGGGUGUGAACUUUGCUCGAGGUCUGAAUUUGGACCAGUUAGUACUGGCUGAGAGCAGGCUAUCCAGUUUGCUCAGGGAGUGGCCUUCCGUGCGAAAAGAAGGAUCUUUACAAUACUGGGCCUUCUCUCCCGAUGUAUUUGUAGAAUUGAAGCAAGCCCCCAAGAGUAUCUGCGACUUGCUGACGGGGGAUCUCCCUGAGGAGUUUCGGGGCAUUGUAUGGAGGUAUGUUACGGAAGGGAGGCCAGGCCUUCAACAAUGCAAGGUCCUGUUGGAGGAUGCGCUUACUGCAGCAGGGUCCGCAAGAAGGACGGAAUGGAUCCAUGCAGCAUUAUCCGAGAUAGGUCUCAGCGAUCCAAGCAUGUUUCCGGAUCCGGACUCGGUGAACAGUUACAUAAAGGAUCCACGUUCCUUCACCAUCGAGGAGGUAUGCGAGCAGCAAGAACUGGCAAGAGAAGGUAUUGAGUACUGGUGAUGCGCCGUUGGCUUUUAGCCGUGUGCCAAUGCAAGGCUUUGCUUGAGCGCACUUGCUGUAUGGUUACGGGGGCAUAUAUGCAGGCAGUACUAUCGUGGUUUGUGACCUCUGUGAUGGUACUUAGGUCCAUAGAAGAGCUUUCAAACGGUGCGGUAGGGGACCAGAUCUGUACGGCUGGCUGCCUCUCAAGAAUAACUUGACCGGGGAACUUGAGCUGGUCGCAAUGAACGAUGUUCAAAGAAAGCGGUUGCUCAUUGUUGUGGAAGGAUCAUUUUAAGGUGAUG